GGUAGCCUCUGCGCUUGAGAGUCAUUUCAGCUCUGCUCAGCCUCUCGUUCAUUUCUCUCCAAGUCCCAGCUCCAACACCCCAAAUUUCUUUUUAGUAUGCCACCCAAGAAGAUUGAACCGAAGAAACCUGAGCCCAAGAAGCCAGAACCGAAGAAAGAUGCAGCUCCAGCUGCUAAACCAGCUCCUCCUCCAGAGCCACUACCCGAACCACCCAAGGAGCCUGACUUUGAUCCAAAGAGUGUCGCUAUUGAGUUCUCAACUGACCAGAUUGAGGAGUUCAAGGAGGCAUUUACCUUGUUUGACCGCACACCAACUGGGGAAAUGAAGAUCACGUAUGCACAGUGUGGGGAUGUGAUGCGAGCUCUGGGCCAGAACCCGACCAACGCUGAUGUGCUGAAAGUUCUUGGGAAGCCACGGCCAGAAGACAUGAACAUUAAAAUGCUGGACUUUGAGACUUUCCUGCCAAUGCUUCAACACAUCUCCCGUGCAAAGGAUCAAGGCAACUUUGAGGAUUUUGUGGAAGGGCUCAGGGUUUUUGACAAAGAAGGCAAUGGCACCAUUAUGGGAGCAGAGCUUCGUCAUGUGCUCGCAACGCUUGGCGAGAGGAUGACGGAAGACGAAGUGGACAGACUGAUGGCUGGACAGGAGGAUGCCAACGGGUGUAUCAACUAUACCUCAUUUGUAAAGCACAUCCUCUCCGGUUAACGAGGACAUUCAACCAAAAAAGACAAACCUUCUUGUUUUUGUCACUUACUGGGUCAUUGUAUAUUUAGAGGUGAGAUUGAUCUGAAAGCAGUGGACACAUCUUGAGACUGUUAUACUCAGAAGUUACUUUUGAGCAGGAAAUUAAAUUGUAAGUUGUUCUUUUGAAUAAACUUUCUUAAUAAAAAUGUCAAUAAUUUACCAUUUGCAAUGAAGAUACAUUGAUUAAUAAAGAAAACGUGAUUCCUA